UGGCAGAAUGAGAGCUUUGGAAAGGAACAAGAUCACAAAGAAGACGUUGGAGCUGGCACAGCAGUAUUUCUUGCCCCCCUACGCUUUCCAGAUCCGGGUUGGUGCCCUGUACCUUUUGUAUGGGCUCUACAAUACACAGCUUUGCCAGCCAAAACAAAAGAUCAGAAUCGCGCUCAAGGAUUGGCCUGAAAUCCAGAAAUUUCAGCAGGAUCUGCUAGACUCCCAGCAUUAUGAUGCUGUGUACAUCUUCAGGACGCUGCGAGUUGCCAGAGCAUUCCAUUUCACAGCAAUGACAAAGCUGCUAAACUACCGAACUAAGAAGAAGAUUGAGGAAAAAGAUUUUAAAGAGGAGUUUAAGGACCCAAGCAACAGAGUAAACAGCCUCAUCACUAAUGAUGUAUUGGAGGAACUAAUGAAUAUUCAUGACCACUAUCAGAAAAUGAAGUGUGUCAUUUCAGCUGACAAAUCCCAGCCAGACAAGGCGCUGAGCUUGAUAAAAGAUGACUUUGUGGUUACUCUCAAAGAUAUAACCUUGGAACAUCAGGAAUGGCAGCAGAACAGAAUGAAAUUAUUCCUAAAUGUUAAAGAAACUGAGGAAACAUCAAACAAAAAGGAAGAAGAGACUUUGCUAAAUUCAGAGGGUUCGGAAAGAGCAAAUGCGUUGGCUAGAAUCAAAUACAAGUCUUACUCUGCAGUUGCUGAGGCUUCCAAAUCCAGAAGACAUCGUCAAGUAAAAUUGGAGUCUUCUGAAUCAGGAGCAAAUUGCGGGAAAUCUCCAAGCCGAGGUAAACAGAGCAACAGGAGACCACAGCCAGCAAGGAGAAGAGAUGCUUUGGAAAUCAAAGGUGAAGUUCAAGUGGCAGAGGAACCUGUUACUCAGCAUAUUGGGAUGCCUAUAAUCACAGAAGAGAACUCAGAUGAAGAAG